AUGGCAUUGGGGAUCCUUGAGGCUCCGGGUGUCGAGCAUGUUCCUGGUACGACCCGGUACUUCGACGACCCUUCUCAGCCCCAGGCCGCCAACGAACAUCAUGAAAACCUCAAAUUCGAUAGGAGUGGGAAGGAACCCAUCAUUCUAAUUCCUCAACCAUCCGAUGAUCCGAACGAUCCGCUAAACUGGCCACUAUGGCGACGCGACCUCAUCACCUUCCUGCUCUGCUUCGCCGGCAUUCUUGCUACCGCCCUUGGUCCCAUCCUCGCCGCCAAUACCAUCACGAUUGCGCUUGAUUUCUCAAAGGACUUCACCAAGGUCGCCCUGCUGACUGGAUACUUUCUGCUGGGUUGCGGCGCGGGUGCCAUCUUCUUCGUUCCGUCCGGUCGUAUCUGGGGGAAACGCCACCUCUUCCUCAUCGGAAUAUGUAUCCUCAUCGCUUCGAGCGCCUGGGCUGGCUCUGUCGGUACCAAUUAUGGCAGCUUCAUCGGGGCCAGAAUUAUCCAGGGUGUCGGAUGUGCUCCUUUUGAGAGUCUACUCAAUGCGGCUGUUGGUGAUCUAUACUUUGUCCACCAGCGAGGUGUUCGCAUGGCCUUUACCAACCUAGCCGUCUUUGGCGGUGCCUUCUUCACUCCUAUCGUUGUUGGAAAGAUCACAGAGGCAUUGGGCUGGGAUUGGACAUUUUACUUUGUUGCCAUCUUCCUCGCGGCUACCUUACCUGCCGUGUUCUUGUUCUGCCCCGAGACAGCGUAUCGUCGAGCAGCGAACUUGAAUACCGACACGGUUGUCGAGCCUGAAACUGGGCCAUCGGAAAUCAGCGAACACAAAAACGAGGCAUCGGCGUCUGAGCCACAACCUGACUCGUCGCCUAUCGAAGAGCGAGCUGGGAGCGAGGUGGGCCGUACGGGAUUUGUCGCCUUUCCCAGGUCAAACGCCCUUCAACCCAUCGGCGAUAUCAACACUCCCAAGAAGACGUUUAUUCAGUCAAUCUCGCUAUUCGACGGCCGAAAAACAAAUGACCGAUAUUGGGUUCUGUUGUUGCGGCCGUUUCCUCUGCUGACCCAUCCCGCCUUCAUCUGGGGUUGCCUGAUUCAGGGAACCAUGAUUGGCUGGACCGUCUUCAUUGGAGUCAUCGUGGCAGCGAUCUUCAUUGGGCCUCCCUACUACUGGGGUGAGGUCAUGGCCGGAUAUACCUACACAGGUGCAUUCAUUGGUGCCCUCGCUGGCUUCAUCUUGGCGGGCCUGCUUGCUGACUCGAGCGUCAAAUAUCUGACCAAGCUCAACAAGGGCGUUUACGAGCCCGAGUUUCGCAUUCUGCUGGUGAUCCCCAUGAUGAUUAUCGGUGGUAUUGGACUGUAUGGGUUUGGCCUAACAGCUGGCAAAGUGCUGGAGGGCAGGUACACGUACCAUGUGCCCUUGGUCUUCUUUGGCUUCGAGGUUGCCGGCAUGGUGAUUGGUGCCGUGGCAAGCUCUCUAUACAUUGUCGAUGCUUAUCGCGAUCUUACGAUUGAAGGGUUUACCAUCAUGAUCAUCUUCAAGAACUUUUUCAGCUUCGUCUUGACGUUUUUCGCGUACAACUGGAUCAACGACGGUGGUAUCGAGCGUACAAUGAUAUCCAUCGCCUCUAUUCAAGUUGGAGUCUGCCUUCUAAGUGUUCCCAUGUAUGUUUACGGGAAACGCGUUCGAGCCUUUUACUAUCGCCACGAUCUUCUUGCUCUGACCGGUCUUCGGUGA